AUGGUGUUCGAUACGGUGCUUCUCUCAGGAAGACCAUUAAGAAAAUCGAAAUCAGCCAACAUGCUAAAUACAACUGCAAUUUCUGUGGAAAGAAAAGCAGCGGGCAUAUGGGAAUGCAAGGCGUGUAAAAAGGUAGUAGCUGGUGGCGCUUAUGUUUGCAGCACUACUGCCGCGACUACAAUCCGAGCUGCUAUCAGGCGCUUGCGUGAUGCUCACGAGUCAUGA